GGUAAAUUGUACAAGCAUGGCGUUGAAAAGGGUAAAUGCUUACUUUCGUAAAGAAUUUUUGAAUUGGUUUAGUAAUUUUAAUUCUGUGAAUAGCGUUAGAUGGAACCGUUAUCCUCCUAUAUACAUCGAUCCUAUUUACGAUAAAGAUUAUCAGAAAGAAUUAAAAGAGGAAGGAAAAUUAAGUGAACUUGCCUUUCGUCCAGUGAAAGCUGCUACUAAUUACGAAACUAGUUCUGUUUUCUAUGAUCCGUUAAAACACAAAUUCAUUAAUUCAAUCAUGAAAUACAGUAAUAAAGUGUUAGCUAGAGAGUUGUUGGAUGAAACUUUCACACGUAUAAAAAGAAUUCAACUGGAAAAAUAUCACUCGGCGAAAGAAGAAAGUAGGGAUUCUAUAGAGUGCGAUCCUCUGAAGAUUCUCUAUCGAGCUGUGGAAAAUUCUACUCCUAUUGUUAUCCUGACAGCAGUGAAAAGAGGAGGAAUCAAUUACAGAGUGCCGACACCACUUAAGCCAAGUAAAGGUACCUUUUACGGUAUGAAAUGGUUAGUGAUGGCUGGCAAAGAAAAAGACAGGAAAAUACGUUUUACCGAACAAUUAGCCAAAGAAUUAAUCGAUGCAUCGAAUAAUACCGGAAAAGUGGUGAAGAAAAAGCAAGACAUUCAUAGGAAUUGUGAAGCUAAUAAAGCUUAUGCUCAUUAUAGAUGGAGUUGAAGUGUCAUUUAUAUAGUGUAGUGUAUGACAUAGUUGUGUGUUUUAGAUUGGAAGAAACUAUGCAAAAAAAUGUGUUUAAAUUAAUGUAUAAGGAAUAUAGUUUAAGUAAGAAGUAAAUUACUUCUUGAAAUCUGUUUAAAAUUUAAUUAAAUAUUAAAAUGUUUACAAUACUUUAUCAUAUUUUAUGAUAUACAUCAUAAUGUGCAAUAAAUAAUCAAAUGAUAAAAAGUAUUAACUAAAAAUAAUUAAUACAAAAUUCAGUUCUUACCUUUUGUAAUAAACAUUUUGUUAAAUACAGGUAUUCUGUACUUUUCUUGAAACUGUAACUACAUUAUGUGAAACUUGUGAGUAAAAACGUUUUACAAACGUCGA